AUGGGGUGUUCAUUAUAAAAACCAAAAAAAUUCGAAACAAUCAGCAAGCGUUAUUCGACAAAUGCAAAUAUUUGUAUCUUCUUUUUUGAUUUUAUAUAGUAUCCCCUGACCAAAAAUAGAGUUUGGAAGUUUAUAAUCCAACACUUGGAAAGCUUGUCUAAGUUCCAAUUCUUGUACCUGCUUCAAAAAGCAAUAUCAUGAAACGAAGAAGUAAUUAACUGACCCCUGGAUUAUGA